AAAAUAGGUGCAAAAAAAGAGUUCUUCUUGUCCCUCCUGGACCUCCUGAUGGCCAUCCCACCCUGGAAAUAGGAGAGGUGUUGUUGAACCCAGCUCACCUGCACUUAAAGCUAUAGGAACAUGGUGUUCUGAGCAGGGCUGGAGUAGAGGGGUUUAUAGGCAUGAUCAAAUACAGGAUAACUAAAUCCCUAUUCUAUUCUUUGUGUACCUUGAAUUAAAGUUUGAUAAUGUAACAUAUGAAACAUUUUCUCCUUGCAACAGUAGAACGUCACACCUUCAGCUCUCCCUUUCCUUUGCACACACACAAUCAACGACCAACCAUUCCCCAUCUACCCUGUUAUGUAGAGGCAAAUGGAACACACGUACACCUGUGGCCUCCUCCCAGUGCUCCGAAUAUCUCUCCCCUCAGUCUUCAUUAUUUCCCAACAGACCCCGCCCAAGCUUGUCAAGGCUGAAUAACAGCAUUGUGUACCGCAAGGUUUCUGUUUUUCAGUUAUCCUUUGAGCAGAGUGGGAACUGAUCAUUUCAAUGAAAUGGAGCAUGUUGUGUUGCUGCUGGUUUUUGUUGCUCCCGUGGUUUACUGCUAUAGUUCAGGUCUAGUUACGGACAGCUGUAAAGACAUGCGACCACACCACUCUGGAGUGAGCCCGCAGACAGAUCCUGCACCCUUUAAUGUCACUACAGACUACAACAAGUACACACUUGGAGAGGUGGUGACAGUGAAGCUCCAGGCUACAGCCUCGAUACCAUUCAUUGGUUUCCUGUUACAAGCGAGAGAGGUGGGGGGCUGGUCUCCUGUGGGCUCCUUCAUCCUGACAGAUGAGUCUACUCAACAACUCACCUGCAACCAGAAACCGAACUCAGCUUUAUCCCACAGAUCAGAGUCGGUUAAGACCUCCAUUCAGGUGAAGUGGAAACCAGAAGUGUCAGCUUCUGUGAAACCCAUUCAGUUCCAGGCUGCCAUUGUGCAGAAUUACAGGACAUUCUGGGUUGAUGUUACAAGUCCUGCCCUGACCUUCAGAGAAGACCCUACUGGUGGAUCUACAAGUACCCCCACAAAAAACAGUCCUACCACUACAACAGCACUAGCAAUGACAGCUACAGUAAAUCAGCCUGCACCACCUGCUAAAAAUAUCUCCAGCAAAGACUGUGGUGUAACCAAGGUGUGUUUCAGUCAACCUUCAAACUGUGACCCCACAGUCACCGCUGACUGUUAUUUCAUGUCAGCCAGAGCGUUGUCUCCCAGUGACGUAGCCGUACGCUACGAGAUAACAGGACCCUCUGAUGGAUACAUCUCCAUUGGAUUCUCAGACGAUAAGAUGAUGGGAAAUGAUGACAUAUAUAUCUGUGUCAUAGGAAACAAUGGCCUCGUGCAGUUGCAGCAUGCUUUUUCAACAGGAAGAAAAGCUCCUCAAAUUGUUCCUCUGGGGAAUGUUUCUGAUGUGAGAGCGUCAGUACAAGGCAGAGUUAUCAGCUGCUCCUUCACCUCCAUGAACAUCUUGUCUACUCUGAAGACCACUGGCUCCAACAAAACCUACCAUAUCCUGUUCGCCCAUGGACCCAGCAACAACGGACAAAUCAAGUUCCAUAAAGCUACCUUCAUCAGCGCUGACAAGAUAGACAUUUAUAGACCUCAGCUUGUCAGCAAAGGUGGAUUGCCUAAUUUCAUCAAAGCACACGGAGCACUGAUGCUGAUAGCUUGGAUGACCAUGGGAUCAGUAGGAAUGAUGGUAGCCCGAUAUCGGCAUGGAUAUGCUAAAGGAAAGAAGCUGUGGGGAAAAGAUAUCUGGUUUGUGGUCCAUGUUGCUGUGAUGAGUCUGACAGUAGCAACCACGGUCAUCGCCUUUAUCCUUCCCUUCUCGUUUAUAAAGGCCUGGUCUGGGGGGGCUCAUCCUGUGUUAGGCUGCCUGGUAAUGAUCCUUUCAUUCGUUCAAAUCACACUGGCUCUGCUUCGCUGCGGACCUGGACAUCCAAAGAGGUUUCUGUUUAACUGGACUCAUGCUUUAAACGGACUGGGAAUAAGAGCUUUAUCUGUGGCAGGAGUAUUUACGGGCUUGAAGUUGAUUGACAGCUCUCUGGACCAAUGGCUGAUGAAAGUGAUGGGUGGUUUUGUCGGCUGGGAAGUUUUGUUCUUCAUCCUGUUGUUUGUCAAUUUUAAAUGGAAGGUUCCCAGAAAAGGUAAAUUCACUUUUUGCAUUUUUAUAAUAAUAAAAUAUAAUAUAUAUAUAUUAUCGUUGUUGUUUUUUUUGUUGUCAGUAGUAGAAGUAUUGUUGCCUUGCUACCCCUCAAUAUCUUAGCGAUGAGCAGGUACAAGUUUAAAGGCUAUCCAUCGAAGUGUUUUGCAGCUUCUAUAAAGUGAUCUGUAAAACAAGGUUUAAAAGUGAAAGUAAUUAUAUACAUCUACACUAGUCUCAUUCUAUAAGGGCUCCCAGUGCUGUUAAAAUCCGGUUUAUUAUGGUAUCUUGUAUUUAUGUAUUUGUUUUAGCUUAA